AUGGCCCCACGCGCUUUGCUUCUUCUGUCAACAUUGGCUUUGGCUGCCCACGCUUCGAGUCCCGUCUUUCCCGUCACGGAUGAGCCAACGAUAGGACCAGUAUAUCUUUCGCCAGCAAAUGGUUCCUCUCCGGCUUUUGACGCUGCCCGCACCCAAUCAAAAGCCGAAAUCGACGAGGCUGUGACCACUGGAAAGUCUCAGUAUGGCGAUAUCGAUACUCAGGAAACCUCCUUUUCAAUAUCCGUGUUUUCCACCAAUAGUAAUGAAACACUAUUCACGUACCAUUUCGAGGCUCCGUUGUUGAACGGGUCAUAUACUCGUGGCAAACUGACGGAUGAUACGAUCUACCGGACGGGAAGUCUUGGAAAAUUGAUGUCCGUUUAUCAAUUCUUGGUCGACAUUGGUGACAGUGUGUUCUAUGACCCAAUCACCAAAUAUAUUCCCGAGCUUGCCAAUGUGCCCUACGACGAUCCAUUAGAACAGGUGAACUGGGAGGAAAUCACUCUCGGUUCGCUCGCCUCACAGCUUUCCGGUCUCGGUCGUGAUUGUAUCGGAGGGCCUGGUCCCACCCCAGAGGAAUCCGCCGCUAUUGCCAUUUCACUCGGAUUUCCCCCUCCACUAUAUGCAAUCCCUCCCGACUGUGCCUACUAUUCAAACGCUCUCUCCCCUUGUGACCGAUCAACGUAUCUCCAAGGCUUAAUUGAGCAUCCGGUGGCAUUCCCGACGUACACCAAGGCCUCGUAUUCAAACAUCGCCUUUCCUCUCCUAGCGAUGGCCUACGAGAAGAUAACUGGACGUUCGUUCGAGGACGGGUUCAACACCGUUUACAGAGAUCGCCUUGGUCUAGGUUCCGCGUACGCUGACUCGCCGCCCGACGACAUUGACGCCAUAAUACCCCAUAAUGAUACUUUUGCAACCUUCAGUCACAGCAUUGGUGUACAGUGGCCUGCAGGUGGACAAUACAUCUCAACUCGUGACCUGGAGCUGUGGGGCAGGGCUAUUUUGCAAAGCUCUUUGCUGCCUAAGGGACUCACACGACGGUGGUUGAAACCUCACUCCGCUACUUCUCAAUGGGCCACCGAUGUUGGUGCCCCCUGGGAGAUAUCCAGACUUCCGAUCCCGGCCGAUCCUAGCCUCAACACUACACGUAUUGUCGAUAUCUAUUGCAAAGGCGGCGAUGUGGGAGCAUACUCUACCACAUUCUGUUUAGUGCCUGAUCACGAUAUCGGUUUCACAGUUCUUGCAGCGGGCGCCGUACCAAACGCCCAAGUACAGCCUUUAAAAUCUCUCAUUGCUGACCGAUUUAUCAAUGCCGCAGAAUCUACAGCGAAAGAACAAGCCCGACAAGCUUUCACCGGGACGUUCCGGACAAGCGGCUCCAAUCUCAACUCGUCCAUCACACUUUCAGUCGACUCAGGGCCGGGUGUGGUAAUCACGGAAUGGAUCAGCAAUGGUACCGACUUCAAGAACUCUCCCAUCGUUGGAGCUGGAGAUGCUCGUCUGUAUCCCGCCAACUUGAAGCGCAAAGGGGACAAUGGUGCCAUGUUCCAGGGAUUCCGCGCUCUCUUCCUCCCUGAGCGUCCCGUCGAUGCCCCAGACCUCUGGCCUCAAUUCAAAGAUGCUUGGUAUUUUGCAGACACCGCCAUUCACGACAAUCGAGCUACGGACGCCUUCAACGUGGAAUUUGAUCGAAAUGGCGUGGUGCAAAGUGUUGAGCCUCACUCACUCAGAAUCAAGCUCCAGCGAGUGUAG